AUGACCAUCACCUCUGUCCACACCCUCCUCCCCAGCCGCUUCUCUGCUGCUGUCACCGAAAAGCGUGCGGAAAAGCCUCCUCCAAAGACAUAUACCGUUCAGGACUUUCCUUUCAAGGGCUACAAUCCCCCGCAGGCGGAUGGAUAUGAGCGCAGCAAGGCGCACCCUGACACCAGCGCUAUUGUGAUUGAUAAUGGCUCCCAUCUUGUCAAGGCUGGCUGGUCCUUUGACCCAAACCCUCGAUUUGUCCUCCCUCCGGUCAUGAGCCGAUACCGAGAUCGCAAGCUCGGACGUCAAGCCCACUUCAUCGGAUACGAUGCCUACGUGGAUGCGACCACUCGCGGUCAACUCAAGAAUGCCUUUGACGGCAAUUCCAGCGUGGUCGGCAACUGGGAUGUGAUGGAAGGUGUGCUGGACUACAUUUUUAUCAAGCUUGGUGUUGAUGGCGCCAACGGAGGCGUAGACCGACCUAUCGUCAUGACUGAACCGGUCGCCAACUUGGGAUAUCCAAGGAAAAUGAUGAACGAAAUUCUGUUCGAAUGCUACAAUGCGCCUUCAGUGGCCUAUGGCAUAGAUUCACUCUUUGCAUACCGCUACAACAAAGGAACCGAUGGUCUGAUUGUCUCAUCAUCACACACAUCCACCCAUGUUAUCCCGGUCCUCAAUUCCAAGCCGCUGCUCUCUAAUUCAUCCCGCCUCAAUUGGGGUGGAGUCCAAACAGCAGAGUACCUCAUGAAGUUGCUUCGGCUGAAAUAUCCUACAUUCCCAACGCGUGUGACGGAAAACCAGGUGGAAGAAAUGGUGCACAAACAUUGUUAUGUUUCCCAGGACUAUGAUCGCGAAUUGAGUGGGUACUUGGACUGGACUGGACUCGAGGAUCGAGACCAUGUCAUCCAAUACCCGUUCACCGAGCAUGUUGUAGUUGAGAAGACAGAGGAGGAGCUGGCCCGAAUCGCAGAGAGGAAAAAGGAGAGCGGUCGCCGGCUGCAGGAGCAAGCCGCCAAGAUGCGAUUGGAAAAGUUGGUCAAGAAAGAGCAGGAACUGGAAUACUGGAAGGACCUGCAAGUGCGACUAGCCAAUGAAACAAAGAAGGAAGUUCGCCGGGUCUUAGAAGCUGAAGACCUUAAGGAUGAGGCGCACUUGGAACGGAUGAUCCGAGACCUGGAAAAGUCAAUCAAGCGCUCCCGCAACCGUGACCUUGGUAUUGAGGAAGAAGAGCAGCAGGAGGAGAUGAGCUUCCAUUUGCUCGAUGUCCCCAAUGAGGAACUUGAUGAAGCUGGUCUGAAGGAGAAGCGACACCAGCAAUUGAUGAAAUCCAACGUUGAGGCGAGAGCACGUGCCAAGGCUGAAAAGGAGCGAGAAAAGGCUCGUAUCGAGGAGGAAGAGCGACUCGACCGGGAAAAGCGUGAAAAUGACUUUGAGAACUGGAUUGCCGAACGGCGUGUCAAUCGACAGAACCUGUUGCAAAAAAUCAAAGAUCGGGAACGCUUCAAGGCCGACCUUGGCAACCGAAAGUCUCUCGCCAGUCAGAUGCGCAUGAAGACUUUGGCCAACUUGGCUGCUGACGGUCCCAAGAAGCGACGUCGUGGCGGCGACGACGACGACUUUGGUGCAAAUGACGAGGAUUGGGGCGUCUACCGAACCGUUGCCAAAGACGAACAAAGCGACGAUGAGGAAGAGGAAGAUCUUGACGGCAUGUUGAAUAACGUUGAGAGGGAGCUGUUGGAGUACGACCCUGAGUUCACCGAGAAUCACACCCUUGCCGCCCAGUCAGAUUGGACCAAGAGUCUAAUUCACGCGUUCCUUCGCGGGCCGUGGCCCUUUGACCCGGAGAGCCAGCGCGAGGCGCAUCAGCUUCACUUGAACGUGGAGCGCAUUCGCGUGCCCGAGGUAGUCUUUAAGCCGUCGAUUGCGGGAGUUGACCAAUCGGGCCUCAUUGAGAUCGUGGCUGAUAUUGUCAACCACCGUUUCUCAAACACCGAGGACCGCAAUCGUCUCCUGAAGGAUGUCUUUUUGACCGGCGGCAACACCAUGUUUACCGGGUUCGACGAGCGCUUCCGACGAGAGCUCCGCGCUUGUUUGCCCGCCGAGGCCGAACUCGCCGUGCGCCGGGCUGCUGAUCCCAUCAUGGAUGCCUGGAAGGGUGCAGCCCAAUGGGCCUCGGGAUCUGACUUUGGCCGAUCGGGAGUCAGUCGUCAGGAGUACAUGGAGAAGGGAAGUGAAUACUUGAAGGAACAUGACCUGGGUAAUGCGUGGUGA